GAGAGAGAGAGAAGCUAUAGAGAGGCUGAUGCGGAACCAUUACAGUGCUCUAAGCACUCAUCAUCUCUCUUCUCUUCUCGUCAUCUGUUGGUGCUGCUGCUUGUCUCUCCUAUCCGGCAAUCCAAAUGCGUCGGGGGCGGCGGCGACCGACAGCCUCGUGUCGGGCCAAUCCCUCCGCGACGGCGAGACGCUGGUCUCCGCGGGCGAGGUGUUCGAGCUCGGGUUCUUCAGCCCCGGCCGCUCCAAGAACCGCUACGUCGGCAUCUGGUACCACAACUUCUCCGCCAACACCGUCGUGUGGGUCGCCAACCGGAACGCCCCGCUCGCCGACUCCUCCGGCGAGCUCUCCUUCUCUCCCGACGGCAACCUCGUCGUCCUCACCGGCGCCGGGACCGUCGUGUGGUCCUCGAACAUCUCCGUCUCCGCCGCAUUGCCCUCGAACGAGUCCUCAGCGGUGCAGCUGCAGCUGCAAAGCAGCGGCAACCUCGUCCUCAACAUCUCGGGAGCCACCGCGUGGCAGAGCUUCGACCACCCGACCGACACGUACCUCCCGGGGAUGAAGAUCGGCCUGGACCUCCGCACCAACGUCAACCAGCUGUUCACCUCGUGGAAGAGCGAAGACGACCCCGCCGUCGGCGACUUCUCGGUGGGCAUAGACCCGAACCGGUCGACGCAGAUCUUCCUGUGGGAAGGGACCAAGCCGCGGUGGCGCUCCGGCCGGUGGAACGGCCAGGUCUUCAUCGGAAUACAGAACAUGGUCCCCACCUACAUCUACGGCUUCAGGCUCAGCAACUUCCUUCAAGAGCAGAAGAUGUACUUCUACUUCACCGCCUUCAACAGCUCGCACCGCUACGUCCUCACAGCCGACGGCAUCGAGCAGCACCUCAUUUGGGCAGCCGACACCAAGUCGUGGUUCAGGUACUUCGCCGAGCCCGUCACGGCGUGCGAGCAUUACAACACCUGCGGCAAGUACGCGACUUGCACCGAUCAGAACUCGCCCAUCUGCGCCUGCAUGAGAGGCUACGUCCCGGCGGUUGAGAGCGAGUGGAACGGCGGGAGCUGGACCGACGGCUGUGUUCGGCGAGUGCCGUUCCUUUGCGAUAGGAACAAAACUAGCGUUAACGGGACGGCCGCGGAGGCCGACGGAUUCUGGAAGAUGGAGCAGGUGAAGUUACCGGACCUGUCGGAUUGGUACUCCGACAUCGUCGAUGCGGACGGAUGCCGACGCACUUGUUUGAGUAACUGUUCUUGCAAGGCCUAUGCUUACACUAGCGGGAUCGGGUGUUUGAUAUGGGGCGUCGAUUUGGUCGACGUUCAUAUUUUCUCCAGCGGAGGGAAUGAACUUUAUCUUCGGCUUGCAGGAUCAGAGCUAGAUCAGAAGAAGACAACGGGGAAAUUGUUUCUUAUACCUGUUGUUCUUUCUGCGAUUGUCAUUUUGUCUGGAUGCGUCUACCUCUGCUGGAGGUUCAGGGGAAGAAUAAAAGAGUUGCCUAAGAAGAGAAGCAUUAACCGAGGAGCAAGAUCAGUUGAGUCGAGCAGAGGUACAGAAGUAAUCACAGCAGAGCUACCAGGGGUGAUUAAAAUCAUAGAUGAAGAGAAGGAUGGGGAAUGCAGAGAGCUACCUCUUUUAAGCUUUGAUUCCAUUGUUGCUGCCACAAACAAUUUCUCCUAUAUGAAUCUCCUAGGAGAAGGUGGAUUUGGUCCGGUAUACAAGGGAAUGCUAGCUGGGGGCCAAGAAGUAGCUGUGAAAAGACUGUCUAGCAGCUCAGGACAAGGACCUGAGGAGUUCAAGAAUGAGGUCAUACUGAUCGCCAAACUACAACACCGUAAUCUUGUUAGACUCCUGGGAUGCUGUAUCGAUAAAGAAGAAAAGAUACUUAUCUAUGAAUAUAUGCCCAACAGAAGCUUGGAUUCUUUUCUCUUUGAUGCAAGAAAGAAAGGUUUCUUGGAUUGGAAGACGAGGUAUAACAUAAUAGAAGGGAUUGCUAGGGGCCUCCUGUACCUUCACAGGGACUCGAGGCUGCGAGUAAUCCACCGCGACCUGAAAGUUAGCAAUAUACUACUGGAUGAGGAGAUGAAUCCAAAGAUCUCUGACUUUGGCAUGGCGAGGAUAUUCCGCAGAGAUGAUAACGAAUCAAACACAAAACGAGUGGCCGGGACUUAUGGCUACAUGUCUCCAGAGUAUGCUAUGCAAGGGCUCUUCUCUGUGAAGUCCGAUGUCUAUAGUUUUGGGGUAAUACUUUUGGAGAUUGUUAGUGGGAUGAAGAACAGUACUUAUCUCCAUCCAGAAUUAUCUCUAAACCUUUUAGGACAUGCAUGGAAAUUGUGGAACGAGGACAACGUGUUGGAAUUCGUCGAUCCAUCUAUAAGGGACUCGUGCUCGCUUAGGGAGGUAUCACGGUGCAUAAACGCCGGGCUGCUAUGCGUGCAGGACCGGGCGAACGACAGGCCGACCAUGUCAUCAGUCGUUAUAAUGUUAGAAAGUAAAACUCCGGCCAGCUACUUCCCGCGACAGCCCACCUUUGCAGCUGAGAGGAACCUUGUUGAUGAUACUGACUCAUCUACAAAUGAGCCAGGAGCCGUUUCUGCUAAUGCUUCAAUCACUAUGCUCGUUGGGCGGUAGAAACUCUGCUCGCAAUUUGAUUGGAAACUUGGAUCUGCUGCUUAUCUUUUUUUCCUUUCUUUUUUCCCGCUUUUUCUGCGACUAUGAUGAAAGAUACAUCUAUACAUAGAGAUGGAAUGUCUGACGAAUAUUGUUGAGCAGAUUGUUGUAUAAUUUUAUUCUACAAGUUUAAAC